AAUAAAAUUUACUUUAUGCAAAAAAUGUGUACACCAAAUAAAGCCCUUCUUUGAUCCAAGCUUAAAAUAGACUUAAGUUUCCCAAAACUUGGGCAUGAGUGCAUGACUUGCCAAUACGUAUGUGAUAGUAUCAAUCAAUCUUAAACAAGUUGAGGUUAUCAAUACAUUCAAUAUUUUUCUAUAUUCCUGUUAAUUUUCUUUCAGAAAAUAACAUGAACAUAUACCACAUAUGACAACUAUUUUGGGGGUUUAUCUAAAAAACCCUUAUCAUUUAUGAACUACUAAAAUUGGGCAUGGUCCAUGACUGUUAUAUGCCACCAUGGCUAAUUCCUCUGUUUCUUGCAAAAUUUCCUUUUCUUCCUCUUUUUUUUUUCCUGCACACUAGAGUAGUAUAGAGAAGAGCAGCGCAAGCGUGCGGCUAGCUGGUGAGUGGGGCAGCAGCGUGGACAGCCUUUCCUCCUCUCCUCCCCGACCUCUCCCGAGCCUCCUGCCCCUCCCUCCAUGGCCUGGCCUUAGUGGGUUUGAAGCGACGACGCGGCGGGCAAGCUCUCUCCCCCUUUCUCUCUCACUUUCCUUGAAGGUAUUCCUCGUUCAUUCUUGUGUUGUAGCCCUCCCCAUGUGGACUGGAAAUCCAUCUGGAUUUGGAUCGGGUUGGUUUUAUCACGAUUAACCCAUCCAGUUCCUCACUGAUUAUUUCUUUGCUGCUUGGUGCAGUAAUUAUAGCAGCUUGUGUUCCAAAUGAUGUUGAGGAUUCACCCCCCACGCCCCACGUUAGGUGCAUCUACUUCUUUGGCCCACAAGGAUAAGCAUUGAUAUUGGAAAGCCGUUUUUGUGUCAUAUGUUGCGAUGAAGGAUUCUCAGGAUAUUCAGAGCCCAACCGAGUUGCAGUCAUCAGCACAAGGUACUAAUGAAGUGCAAAGUAAUCAGCCAAAUCUAAUGGCCACUGAUGCUCCUGGAGGAGAUUCUGGUUCAUUAUCUGUCGCCAGUAAUGAUAAUAGAAAAGUUUCUCGUGAAGAUAUUGAACUUGUGCAGAAUCUGAUAGAGCGCUGUCUACAGUUAUACAUGAACAAAGGAGAGGUUGUUAGGACGCUUUCUACCCGUGCAAGAAUAGAACCUGGUUUCACUACUUUAGUAUGGCAGAAACUUGAAGAAGAGAACUCUGAAUUCUUUCGUGCUUACUAUAUAAGGUUGAAAUUGAAGAGACAGAUUAUCUUGUUCAACCAUUUACUGCAACACCAAUACAAUUUGAUGAAUAAAUAUCCAGCUCCUCCUAAUGUUCCAUUGGCUCCCAUGCAAAACGGAAUGCAUCAUAUGCCAGUUAACAAUUUGCCUAUGGGAUAUCCGGUACUUCAGCAGCCUAUGAUGCCUGCUCCUGGCCAGCCUCAACUCGACUCAAUGGCCUGUAGCCUAUCCAGUGGGCAUGUAGUGAAUGGUAUCCCUGCAACUGGUGGUUAUCAUCCAAUUCGUAUGAACUCUGGAAAUGACAUGGUUGUGGACAAUGGCGCACCUGAAACGGCACAUGCUGGCAAUACCUGCAGUGCUAUGUCAUCUGAGAUGGCUGUGAGUCCCUCAUCAGCAGCAUCAAGCAACCAUGCUCCUUUCACUCCGUCUGAUAUACCAGGGAUGACCAUGGAUACAUCAGCUCUGGAUUCAACAUUUGUAUCUGAUGUCGGGAACACAGGACAGCUACAGUUGGGACCAGAUGGCUCGUCAAGGGAUUCCAUCAGAUCUUUAGGACAGCUCUGGAAUUUUAGCCUUUCUGAUCUAACAGCAGAUUUAACAAGUUUGGGAGACUUGGAAGCUCUUGAGAACCAUGCAGGUACACCUUUCCUGGCCUCAGACUCCGAUAUAUUGCUUGAUUCCCCAGACCAGAAUGACAUAGUUGAGUACUUUGCUGAUGCCAUCAAUGGACCUUCACAAUCAGACGAAGAGAAGUAACAGAGAAGAGAGUUUCAGACUAAAUGCCUGGCCGCCCUUGCCAUCUCAUGUAGGUGUAACUUUGCAGAGGUAUUGUGGACAGAAUCUAACUGUAGAUGCGCAUGGUUGCGCGGCAAUUGGCAUGUAAUGUCACUGCUGAAGAAUUUUGUAGGGGGUCAAUCCUAAUUCUUUCCAAUAAACAGUAGAGUAGUCUUCGCCAGAUUAAGCAGCUGGCUACAAGGAUAAAAAGUUUACAGAUGUUAAACCUCAUGAACUCUCUGUAAUUGCUAAAGAAGUGAACUGUUCAUGUGGACCUGCAUCUUCCA